AUUUGCGUGUUUCUGACUUGGUUACUAUGAAUGUGCGCUCUGGGCGGACGAUGCAGAUUAGUCAUUUACAAUCACACAUGCACGUCUGUGGGUAGGCAUUUUACGGGGGUUGCAUGUUCAUGGAUAAAGACCAACCAGCAUGGUCGUGGAUGCAAAUGGAACUUUCAACCACAGCAACACGAGAUCUUACGCGAUAGAGAGAGCGGAAGAGCCUGGCGCAACUAACAUGAUUUCGGAGGCGCUCGUUCCACACUUGCUGAAGAUUGUGCAAGAGGCGGCAGAGGCAGUGUCCGCCACUUCGCAGUCUUCAACUCUGCUGAUGGAGAAUGGCACCAGGUGCGGGGAACAAAUUCGGAACUACGACAAGGUGGAGAAAGUAUUUAUUGGAGCGAUCCUCACCACGCUCACGCUGUUUACUAUCUGCGGGAACUUGCUGGUGGUGAUUUCGGUGUGCUUCGUGAAAAAGUUGCGGCAGCCGUCCAACUAUCUGAUCGUGUCUCUGGCGGUCGCCGACCUUUCAAUCGCGCUGGCAGUUAUGCCAUUUGUCAGUAUAACGGACCUUAUUGGGGGGCAAUGGGUUUUUGGCCAAGUCUUCUGCAAUGUUUUUAUUGCCAUGGACGUGAUGUGUUGCACUGCAUCUAUAAUGACGCUGUGCGUAAUUAGUAUAGACAGGUACCUGGGCAUAACCAAGCCUCUGACCUACCCUAUGAGGCAGAAUGGCUGUUGCAUGGCCAAGAUGGUGCUGUCCGUAUGGCUCCUCUCUGCCUCCAUCACCCUGCCCCCCCUCUUCGGCUGGGCCCAGAAUGUAAACGACAACAAGGUGUGUCUGAUCAGCCAGGACUUUGGUUACACCAUCUACUCCACCUCAGUGGCGUUCUACAUCCCCGUAUCCGUCAUGCUCAUUAUGUACUACCGCAUCUACCGCGCCGCCAAGCUCAGCGCUGCCAAGCACACCAUCACGGGCUUCCCGCGGGUCGGGGAGGAGGAGGCGCGGGGGGAAGAGGAGGAAGCCAUGGAGGAACAGGAGGAGGAAGAGGAGAGCGUGGACUGUGUGUCGGCCGCCCUGAGGCUCCACAGGGAGGUGGAGGAGUGCACGCGAUUCUCGCGCCUCAUGAGGAGCAACCGGAGGAACAUGUCCAUCUUCAAGCGGGAGCAGAAGGCAGCAGCCACCCUGGGGAUCGUGGUAGGGGCCUUCAGUGUCUGCUGGAUGCCUUUCUUCUUACUGUCCACGGCCAGACCCUUCAUCUGCAGAGCGGACUGCCCUAGCUGUGUGCCCUUGUGGGUGGAGAGGACCCUGCUGUGGCUGGGCUAUGCCAACUCCCUCCUCAACCCUUUUAUCUACGCCUUCUUCAACAGGGAUCUGAGGACCACCUACAGCAACCUGCUGCGCUGCCGUUACCGCAACAUCAACCGCAAGCUGUCCGCCGACGGCAUGCACCAGGCCCUCAAACUGGUUGAAAAGACUCACUCUGUUAUCUAAAUUUGACAAUGGUGUUAUUGGUGUUAUUGUUGUGGUAUUGUGGGAGUUGCCAUCUAAAUGGUGUUAUUGUUGUGGUAUUGUGGCAGCUGCCAUCUAAAUGGUGUUAUUGUUGUGGUAUUGUGGCAGCUGCCAUCUAAAUGGUGUUAUUGUUGUGGUAUUGUGGCAGCUGCCAUCUAAAUGGUGUUAUUGUUGUGGUAUUGUGGCAGCUGCCAUCUAAAUGGUGUUAUUGUUGUGGUAUUGUGGCAGCUGCCAUCUAAAUGGUGUUAUUGUUGUGGUAUUGUGGCAGCUGCCAUCUAAAUGGUGUUAUUGUUGUGGUAUUGUGGCAGCUGCCAUCUAAAUGGUGUUAUUGUUGUGGUAUUGUGGGAGUUGCCAUCUAAAUGGUGUUAUUGUUGUGGUAUUGUGGCAGCUGCCAUCUAAAUGGUUUUAUUGUUGUGGUAUUGUGGGAGUUGCCAUCUAAAUGGUGUUAUUGUGGGAGUUGCCACACUGAGAAAGUCUUAGGUCAAUGGUAUCUGCUUGCCUGGUCCUCUACUCAAGAUCUUGCAUGUCCAGACAGUCUAAAACAGGGCUCUCCAAACAUGUUCCUGGAGAGUCAUCCUCCUGUAGGUUUGAACUCCAACCCUGUUCCUGGAGAGAGACCCUCCUGUAGGUUUGAACUCUAACCCUGUUCCUGGAGAGAUACCCUCCUGUAGGUUUGAACUCCAACCCUAUUCCUGGAGAGAUACCCUCCUGUAGGUUUGAACUCUAACCCUGUUCCUGGAGAGAUACCCUCCUGUAGGUUUGAACUCCAACCCUAUUCCUGGAGAGAUACCCUCCUGUAGGUUUGAACUCUAACCCUGUUCCUGGAGGGUAACCCUCCUGUAGGUUUUCGGUCCAACCCUAAUCUAGCCACCUGAUUGUAAUAAUUAGCUGGUUGAAAAGCCGAAUCAGCUUAGUUACAGCUGGGGUUGGAGGGAAAACCAACAGCUCUCCAGGAUCUGUGUUGGAGAGCCCUGGUAUGGUAUUGGAGAGGUCUGAUUAUGAAACAAAUAUGAAGCAAUCUUUCCAUCUGAAUGUGAGUCCAUGGUCACUGGCUUUGAGUCCGUGACCUUAUGGUUCUUCCCCUGGGCUUUUCCAAGUUGUGCUAUUUGUGAUGAUGUCUCACAGCAAUCAAUGAUGGUUAGCUGUUGCAUGGAACAAAACAUUUUCUGUACAGAAUGUCACUGCAACAAUGGUGUGGCUCUGUCAAAAAUCAACUAUGGGUGAUGCAUUUUCCAGUUGUAAUUUUUUAAUAUAUAUUUUUUAAUUUUUAUUUCACC